AAGAAUAUUUAUAGAUAAAACUUAAAACAUUUCUUAAUAUAGAAAUCUUGUUAUUCUUGUAAACAUAAUGAAGUAAAAACUUUAUUCAUAAAGGAAUUCGGUUAUUGACACACUAUCAAUAUGGCGGUAAAGUGGAAAACGAUGUGCUUUUCAGUUUAAACAAGGAUGUGCUUUUAAAAAUAAAAUCAUGAUUUAAAUAUACUGAUAUAUAUCAGUUGUCUUAUAAAGUCAUGUUAAAUGAUAUUUGGUAUUAAUCAUUUCACUUGCAUUUAAAUUUAAUUUUUAAUUAAAAGAAUGCCAAGUUUGAGAAAAAAAGUUGCUGGUUUUAUGCGACAAUUAUCUAUUAGCAACUUGGCAGGAGCUGUAGAAAAUAUAAGUCAAGGAGAACAAACUUUGCGUAGUCCAAGAUCAUUAACACAAGAUUUUACAAGCGGUUGUUUUAUUACACGAUAUCUUGAUGGUUUGGAAACUAAGCAAGAAGGACCAGCAAUUUUGCAUGGUAGAAAUCCAGAAGAAUUACCAAUUAAACAACUUGGAAAUUUUCAGGAAGAUAAAGAUAUAGUAGCUGCUCAUACUGGCCCAGAUAAUGGACUUACAACUGUUAAUAUACAACAAAGACAUUUAAGUAUUAAUGAUAUUGAUAUUGAUUACAUUGAUAUGUUAGAUCAAGGAGAACAAUAUAGAAAUACAUCAACAACAACGACUCCUGCAAUUGCUGGUGUUGUUGAUUGGUUUAACCCUCAUGAAAUGGUUUAUGGAAUUGCUACUACAUUAUAUGAGAAAAAUCCUACAAAUAAUACAAAUAAUGGAGAACCAAUAGCAGAUUGUUUUGGUAUUGUAGCACGAUCAAAUUCAGCUAUUUUGGCACUUGCUGAUGGUGUUAAUUGGGGUACCAAAGCAAGUAUUGCAGCUAGAUCUGCAAUACAUGGAAGCAUGGAAUAUUUAAAUAAGGCUCUUUUUUGUCCUUCAAUUAAUGGAAAAAUGAAUACAACGAAAGAUGUUUUUAUAGCAUUACUUCGUUCAUUUCAUGCUGCACAUUCAUUAAUUUUGCAAGAACAAGGAAUGCUUACAACGUUAACUGUAUGUGCAGUUCUUCCACUGCCAAAUUCUGAUUCUACAGAACAAAUUAAAUAUAUGGCAUGUACCUGUAAUGUUGGUGACAGUUUAGCUUAUGUAUAUUCAAGGAAAACUGGAGUAAGAGAAAUAACAAGAGGAUCUCAUGAUAUUCAUUGUAUGCGUGAUAUGCGUGAUGCUCUUGGAGCAUUAGGACCUGUGGAUGGUUCUAAUCCUGAAUUGAAUAAUUUAACUCUUGCUAUGACAGAAGUUGAAAAAGGAGAUAUUGUAUUCUUAACUAGUGACGGAAUUUCGGAUAAUUUUGAUCCUGUAGUUGGAAAAUUUGCUAUCUUACCAUGUCACAAUUCUGUACCUGAUUCAAAUGUAAAAAAUCAUACCGAAGGAAGAUCAAAAACGCGUCGAAAAUCUGCAGAAAACUUGAGACAUACAGAAUCUGGCAAUAGUAAUAAAAAUAAAUCUAAUUUGCCUGUAGUUGAAGCAUAUCAAAGACAUGAGCUCACAUUGCUUAGAAUGGAAGAUUUAUUAAGAAGAGGUGUAUCUGGAGAAGGUCCACCAUGUAAUAGUGCCAAACAUCUUUGUGAACUUCUUUUGGAUUUUGCUGUACGCAUAACUGCCGCUAAAAGACGAAUAUUGGAAGAUACAGAUUUAUAUUAUGCACAAAAUAAAGAUGGCCAAUUAAUUCAACUUUCUAAACAAGAACAAAGAACUCGACGAAUAAAAACUUUGGACAAGGUUUCUAUGAUUCCUGGAAAAUUAGAUCAUGCAACAGUCGUAGCAUAUGUAGUUGGAUCUAUUAAUUCGGAAUAUGGUUUAUAAUUAAUUAAUAAAUUAUAAUUUUAAUUUGUAAGGAAAUUAAUAAAUUAGAAUUUUUUCAAUAGUGACAUUUUCUUAAGUAAAUUAAAUUAAAAUUACUGUUUUAUUAUGAA